AUGGAGGAAGAGCUGGAUCCAACCUCUGCUGCAGCCACGUGGAAAGUUAUCCGAGAUAAACUGCCCAGACUGCCAAAUGCAGAGGACAAGUCAAGCAGUAAACAACAACCUAAGAAGAAACAGCUUCUUGGAGGAGAAAAAGCCAAAGCACCUCUGGUGCCUUUUGGGAUCGACCUGUUCUACUGGGGCCAGGAGCAGCCAACAUCUGGAAAGAUCCUCAGGUUUUCUUCUCAGCAUCGUUUCUGGGCACCGAGCGAAGUCGAUGAAGAAGUAGAAAACAAAGAGCUCUCGGAGAUGCUCAAAAGUCGGUACAUCACCUACGCUGGCAAAUUUGAACCCGUGACACACAAGUGCCGGGCCCCGAUGCCCAACGGAAGCCUUUGCGAAAGGCAGGAUAGGUUUAAGUGCCCUUUUCACGGAAAAAUAGUUCCUCGCGAUGAAUCCGGGAACCCGCUCAGUCAAGAGGACAGAGAGAGAGAAGCGAAGGAGCAGUUUGAGAAGAAAGAACGGCAGCCAG